AUGCCAUCAACGACCCUAAUCACCACCUCCCUCCUCCUAGCUCUCACGGGCCUCAUAGUAGGAUACAUCUACAUCUUCGGCGUGCCCCCAGAAAUGAAGAAGAAAAUGGAACGAGCGGCUUUGAAAACCGUAGGAGAGAACAAAGCCUCCUACGCACUCAAAUCCUCAAUCUCCCAAAUGCCAGAAUCCAAUCAGCAGGAAUUGAACGAGGCAAAAGAGACGGUGGGGGAUGUAGCGGGUGGAUCGAUGCAGAAUCCCCUGGGGGAAUUUGUUGGCGAGAGUGCGGAUUCCGCGACUGCGCCUUUUACUGGGCGUUGA